AGUUUCCCCCAUCGCUUCGGCCGGCGCUGGGCCAGGAGGAUGCUCGGCGCAGGGCUGUGAAGCAUGGAGGGGGUUCUGUACAAGUGGACCAACUAUCUCACGGGUUGGCAGCCUCGUUGGUUUGUUUUAGAUAAUGGAAUCCUGUCCUACUAUGAUUCUCAAGAUGACGUUUGCAAAGGGAGCAAAGGAAGUAUAAAGAUGGCAGUUUGUGAAAUUAAAGUCCAUUCAGCUGACAACACGAGAAUGGAAUUAAUCAUUCCAGGAGAGCAGCAUUUCUACAUGAAGGCAGUGAAUGCAGCUGAGAGACAGAGGUGGCUGGUUGCUCUGGGGAGCUCCAAAGCCUGUUUGACUGACACAAGGACUAAAAAAGAAAAAGAAAUAAGUGAAACCAGUGAGUCUCUGAAAACCAAAAUGUCUGAACUUCGCCUCUACUGUGACCUCCUAAUGAAGCAAGUUCAUACGAUCCAAGAAUUUGUUCACCAUGAUGAGAGUCAUUCAUCUCUCAGCAUAGAGAACAUGAAUGAAGCCUCUUCUCUACUUAGUGCCACGUGUAAUACAUUCAUCACAACGCUUGAGGAAUGUGUGAAGAUAGCAAAUGCCAAGUUUAAACCCGAGAUGUUUCAGCUGUCCCAUCCGGAUCCCUUAGUUUCUCCUGUGUCACCUUCCCCUGUUCAAAUGAUGAAGCGUUCUAUCAGCCAUCCUGGUUCUUGCAGUACAGAGAGGAGUAGCCACUCUAUAAAAGAACCAAUGUCUACACUUCACCGACUCUCCCAGCGACGCCGAAGAACCUACUCAGAUACAGAUUCUUGUAAUGAUGUUCCUCUUGAAGACCCAGAUAGACCUGUUCACUGUUCAAGAAAUACACUUAAUGGAGAUUUGGCAUCAGCAACCAUUCCUGAAGAAAGCAGAUUUAUGACCAAAAAAAAAUCUGAAUCAGAAGAUCCUCUUCUAUCCUUCUCUUCCUGAGGAAACAGAAGUGUCCAACUUCCGCCAAGUAUUGCUAUGCAAAAGCUGCUGUAAUUAAACUAUGUUAUAGGGAGUAGUUUUUCCCUUAGGA